UGAUCCCAUCUGUCUCUCAUCUUUUUCUCAUCUCAUCUGCCUGCACAUACCCAUCUAUUUAGGUACACUACUUCGUAUCUGCCUUACACCUCUUCCAGUAGGCUAGUGUCUACCGCACGUCCACAUCAGACUCACCUUUUCGGCCUCUCUUCCGGGCUUCCUUAGGCCCGUCGAUAUAUCCCUUGUCCAUCCCACCUCCUGUUGCCGAGCCGUCUCCUCUUUUGUCUCCUUCUUCCCCUUCCACGACCCCAUCAUCCUCCAUCCACCAUUGUCCAGAUGUUGUAGUAUUGUCAAGUGUAAUGCCAUCAUAUUGCCUGCAAGACUGCCACUACUUCUACCGCACGGCGCUGCGCGGACUGAAUAUCAGCACCAACGUCUCGCCCCUAUACGCAUAAAGAGACCACCGUCCUCCCGCUAACAAAUAUGCCUACCCAAGUCCGCAUCUUUUCGCGACCAAGGCCCCUCGGCGAGACUCUCGAAAAGGCCCUCCACCCAUCCUCGGUUCCUCGUUCCAUGCUAGACACCCCUGAAGUCCGGAAACAACAAGUCGAGCCGUCGGUCCCGAAAGAGACCACCAGGGACGCCCGCUCUAUGGCAGUGUACAGGGACAAGUCCGUCGAGGGCGGUGUCACAUUCGCCGGCCAGGACAAGCUCAAGCACCUGCCCAUCCCCGAGCUGGACGUGACCGCCCAGAAGUAUCUCACAGCCCUCAAGCCGCUGCAGUCCGCGCGCGAACACUCCGAGACCACCCAGGCCGUCCACGAGUUCUUGAAGAACGAUGGCCCGUUGCUGCAGGAGAAGCUGAAGGCCUACGCCCAGAACAAGACCAGCUACAUUGAGCAGUUUUGGUAUGAUUCGUAUUUGAACUAUGACAACCCCGUCGUUCUCAAUCUCAACCCCUUUUUCCUGCUGGAAGAUGACCCGACGCCCGCAAGAAACAACCAGGUGACCCGCGCGGCGUCGCUCGUCGUCUCGGCUCUGGAGUUUGUUCGGGCCGUCCGUAAGGAGGAGCUGCCCCCCGACAACAUCAAGGGCCAGCCCCUGUGCAUGUACCAGUACUCGAGGCUCUUCGGCACAGCACGCGUGCCGACGGAAAACGGGUGCCAGAUCGAGCAGGACCCGGACUCGAAGCACAUCAUCGUCAUGUGCCACGGCCAGUUCUACUGGUUCGACGUGCUGGACGACAACAACGACCUCAUCAUGAGCGAGAAGGACGUGUCCAUCAACCUGCAGACCAUUGUCAACGACGCCGCGCAGACGCCGAUUCAGGACGCCGCCAAGGGGGCGCUCGGCGUCCUGAGCACCGAGAACCGCAAGAUCUGGUCGGGCCUGAGGGACGUCCUGACCCGGGAGGAGGGGUCCAACAACGCCGACUGCCUGGGCAUCGUCGACUCGGCCCUGUUCGUCCUGUGCCUGGACUACACGGAGCCGGCCGACGCCGACGCGCUGUGCGGCAACAUGCUCUGCGGCACCAGCCUGGUCGAGAAGGGCGUGCAGAUCGGCACCUGCACGAACCGCUGGUACGACAAGCUGCAGAUCAUCGUGUGCAAGAACGGCAGCGCCGGCAUCAACUUUGAGCACACGGGCGUCGACGGCCACACCGUUCUGCGCUUCGCCAGCGACGUCUACACGGACACCAUCCUGCGCUUCGCCCGCACCAUCAACGGCCAGGCCCCGACCCUCUGGGCCACCACGAGCCCGGACCCGGCCAAGCGGGACCCGGACAGCUUCGGCGAGGUCGACCCGACGCCGCACAAGCUGGAGUGGGACAUGAGCCCGGAGCUGAGCAUCGCCGUGCGCUUCGCCGAGACGCGCCUCGCCGACCUCAUUGAGCAGAACGAGUUCCGGACUCUCGACUUCAAGUACUACGGCAAGAACUUCAUGACCUCGAUGGGCUUCUCGCCCGACGCCUUUGUGCAGAUGGCCUUCCAGGCCGCCUACUACGGCCUCUAUGGCCGCGUCGAGUGCACCUACGAGCCGGCCAUGACCAAGAUCUUCCUCCACGGCCGCACCGAGGCCAUCCGCAGCGUCUCGGACGAGUCGGUCAACUUCGUCCAGACCUUCUGGGCCGACAAUCCGGCCGAGCACAAGGUCGAGGCCCUGCGCCGGGCCUGCCAGCGCCACGUCAGCACCACCCGCGAGUGCGCCAGGGCCGAGGGCUGCGACCGCCACCUCUACGCCCUCUUCUGCACCUGGCAGCGCACCAUGGACGACGAGCUCACCGGCAGCUCCAACGGUGGCUACUCGAGCCCCGUCGACGACGGCGAGUCCGCCGUAGGCAGCCCCGGUCGGGACUCGGUCCUCUCGGCAGCGGCGUCGGCGGCGGCGUCGUCGUCGCUCGACGCACAGUCGGCGGUGGGUAGCGGCGGCGGCGGCCGGGCGCGGGGCGACAGCACCAACUCGCGCAACGGCGGGCACGGCGGUUCCGCGAUGCCGCACAUCUUCGCCGACCCGGGCUGGGACAAGCUCAACAACACCAUCAUGUCGACGUCCAACUGCGGCAACCCGUCGCUGCGGCAGUUCGGGUUCGGGCCGACGUCGGGCGACGGCUUCGGCAUCGGCUACAUCAUCAAGGACGAGGGCAUCUCCAUCUGCGUGUCGAGCAAGCACCGCCAGACGAAGCGCUUCGUCGACACCCUCGAGAGCUAUCUGCUCGAGGUCCGCCGGAUCCUGCGCAUCACGUCCCGCCGCGGUACCGGCGUCCGGCAGACCCGCGCCAGGGAGCUCGACCAGCAGGCCCGCCCGAAGCCACCCAAGGGCAUCAAGUCCCGCGGCCGGCUCAUCACGGCCCACGACGCCAUCAGGCCGUCCGCGGCCCGGUCGUCCACGGGCACCCAGUCGCCGACGGAGGAGAGCGUCACCCUCAGCGAGGACGACGAGCUCGGCGGAUACGGCUUCUUCGACGCGGGAAUGCUCCUCCAGGCCCUCAAGGCGCGCGGGGAGAACAUGGACAGCGGCGAGACGAAGCCUUCGGAGCGGGCGGCCGUGCAGGCGCGCCGCAGGGAGAUUGGCAAGAAACUGCGGCUGAUCGACUAUUGAUUGAUCUUAGCCUGUUGGGGGAGGGAGGGGGGUUGGUGGUCCAGCUCCAAACCAGCAACCCCCCUUCAGAUUCCGCGGCCUCCGCGACCCAGGUAUAGAAUCGAUCCAUCCCGCGUGUACCGACUGCCACGGGCGGCGGCGUGCCGCGCGUCACACAACGCACAAUCACGUUCAGUCGUCGGACGACAUUGAACCCGAGCACCAGACGGGGGAUCGUGGUGGGUGAGCAUGCCGACGCACUGCGGCCUGGAGAAGCGGUGUGGAGCGAGACAGGUGGUCGGAUAAAUCGUGGUACACCAUGUAUGAGACACAGAGCAAGCCUUGAUCUUGGAAAAUAUACCCUCCUUUUUUUCUGUUCCUGCCAGACCCACCACUUUCGCAAGACUUCCGGUAUAGGGUCCUCCUCCCUCCAUGUGUAGAUCUCAAUGACGGGUAGAUAUACUAGAGUCAAGAACCCAACGAGAGCAUGUCUGUCUGUUUUGCUUACAUACAGUCAGCUGCAAGCAAGAACAAGGACAAUAUUGGGGUUGGUAAAUCAAAUUCAUAGGAGCAAAGUAGAACAAUAUAAGCCCCUCUUCUCGAGAGGUCAACUUGGAAAUAACACACACACACACACACACACACACACACACACUGCGUGCGUUCUUUUUUGAUGGCGAGACCCAAUUCAAAAAUCCUCGUCAGAAAUGUAAACCACGGCCCCCCCCCCAAAGUCUAAAGAAUCCAUUACGACCGUUAUCGUUUCCCGCCGUGAUGCAGUAAACGCCCUGCACCGCCCGCCUCGCCGGUCCCUGCCCUCCCAAAGGAUCAUUACAAAAAGAAUUCAAGUGAGAGAAAUACAGCAGAUAGAAAGGACAAAAUGUUCCGACAGAAUGUACAAAAAACACAGGGCGAGCCCGCUACGACGACUCUCGUCCGGCCUUAGGCGAGCUCGUGCAUGUGCCCUCGGUGGCCGUCGCCAUUCGUCGGUGCCUCGUGAAUCGUCGUCGGCGGCGGCUGCUGAGGCUGCAAAGGCUGCUGAGGCUGCUGCUGCCCAUAUUGCUGGAACCCUCCCGGCGUGCCGCUGGGGCUGACG